AUGACCGUCCUUCUCACACUGGCCCUGCUGGGCUCGCUCGUGGCUGCUCAGAAGCCCGUCGGCACCGAGGUGCACCCCAAGAUCACCACGUACCGUUGCACCAAGGAGGGCGGCUGCACGGAAAAGACCAACUACAUCGUCAUCGACUCCCUCGCGCACCACGUCUUCCAGCCCGCCGCGCCCAGCUAUGGCUGCGGCGGCUGGGGCGAGGCCGCCAACGCGACGGCGUGCCCGACAAAGGAGGCCUGCCACGAGAACUGCCACAUGCAGGGCCAACCGGACUACAGCAACAUCGGCGUGACGACUUCGGGCAGCUCGCUCCGGCUGCAGCACAUCCUGCCCAACGGCAACGUCGUGUCGCCCCGCGUCUACCUCCUCGACGAGACGGAGGAAAAAUACGAGAUGCUGCAGCUCACGGGCAACGAGUUCACCUUCGACGUGGUCAUGAAUCAGCUCCCCUGCGGCAUGAACAGCGCCCUGUACCUGUCCGAGAUGGAGGCCGACGGCGGCAAGAGCGACAUCAACGAGGGCGGCGCCUACUGGGGCACGGGAUACUGCGAUGCCCAGUGCUACACCACGCCCUUUAUCAACGGCGAGGGCAACCUCAACGGCGCCGGCUCGUGCUGCAACGAGAUGGACAUUUGGGAGGCCAACAGCCGCGCCACCCACAUUGCGCCGCACCCGUGCAACGUUCCUGGGUUGGUCCAGUGCACUGGAGCUGCGUGUGGUGGUGACAGCGCGGGUAUUUGCGACAAGCCAGGAUGCGCCUGGAACUCGUACCGCAACGGAUCGCCCUACUACUACGGCAGGGACGAAGAGUUCAAGGUCGACACGACCAAGCCGAUGACUGUGGUGACGCAAUUCCCCACCGGCGCCGACGGCAAGCUCGCAGCCAUCCGCCGGCUGUACGUGCAAGACGGCGUCGUGAUCCGGGCCGAGAGGGUCAAGAAGGAGGGCCUCCCCGCCGUCGACGAGCUCACCGACGAGCUCUGCCGCGCCACCAACGCCAACCGCUUCCUGGAGCUCGGCGCGAACGCAGGCAUGGGCGAUGCACUCGCGCGCGGCAUGGUCCUCGCCCUCAGCAUCUGGUGGGACGAGGGCGGCCAGAUGAAGUGGCUCGACGGCGCGAGCGAGGGCGCCGGCCCCUGCAACGACGUCGAGGGUGCUCCGAGCUACAUCAGGCAGGUUGAGCCCUACCCCGAGGUUACCUUUAGCAACAUGAAGUGGGGUGAGAUCGACUCGACCUACGAGGGUAAGGAGAGGUGUGUCAAGAAGAGGUCUACCAUGUAA